UUUAAAACGGACUCAACGAAGUGAGCGCAGUGAGCAUAUUUGGUGCGUGCGUCACAUUUUUGCUUGGGACUCGCCGAGGAGGAGCCGAGGUUCGAGCUCCCCUCCUCCAAUAUAAACCCCCUUCGCGACGCCAUAGGAGAACCUGGAUCACACCUCACCGAGGAGGAGCGCGCGCACACCUUCCCGUAGUCCUUUGGAUUGCCAACAACUCGUCUUUCCGCACCAAAUCCAAACCCGUCUGCACUUUCAAUCCCAAUUACGCACGCGGUGGUUGAUUGGAAGCGAAAGAGUGCAACUCUGCAACUUUGGCGUGCAGGCGGCGCGCACAUGGCCGCCCUCAUCAGCGCCUACUCGUCGUGGCCCGAGUCGUUCGAGUGUCCCCCGGCGGACGGCGACGCGACCUCGGCCGCUGCCGCCGACGCCCACAGGGGCGUCGGGGACAAGGCGCCCGAGCCCCGCAUCCGACGGCCCAUGAACGCCUUCAUGGUUUGGGCCAAGGACGAGCGCAAGCGGCUGGCCGUGCAGAACCCAGACCUGCACAACGCCGAGCUCAGCAAGAUGCUUGGGAAAUCGUGGAAAGCCCUGACACCCCCCCAGAAGAGGCCGUACGUGGAGGAAGCCGAGCGCCUGCGUGUGCAGCACAUGCAGGACUACCCCAACUACAAAUACCGGCCCCGCCGCAAGAAGCAACUCAAGCGCAUUUGCAAGCGCGUGGACCCCGCAUUCCUCCUUGGCGGCAUGGCCCCUGACCAAAACGCCCUACCCGAGCAGCGGGCCCUGUGCCGGCCGCUGGAGAAGGAUGACGGGAGCAACCCGGCGUCGGGGGUCCGUUUCUCCAGCCCCGGCCCGACCCUUCCCGGCGUGCGAAGCUUCCGGGACCCGGCGGCGUCGGGCGGGUUCGACACGUACCCCUACGGCCUCCCCACCCCUCCCGAGAUGUCCCCCUUGGACGCCGUGGAGCAAGAGCACGCGCCUCCGUCGUACUACCCCGCCAUCUCCUGCUCGUCCCCCGCCGAGCACCACCACCAGAGCCACAUGGGUAGCCCUCCGCCGUACCACCUGGACUACGCUCAGACCCAGCUCCACUGCGGGGGCGCGCACAUGUCCCACAUGACCCCCGGUAAUAACGGCGGCCUGAUCCACGGCUCGUACUACGGCGCCUCGCCGUUCCCCCUGACUCACCACGGCCUCCAGCACGGCCACAUGGGGCAGCUGUCUCCGCCGCCGGAGACGCAGGCCCACCUGGAGACUCUGGAUCAGCUUAGCCAGGCCGAGCUCCUGGGUGAGGUGGACCGCAAUGAGUUUGACCAGUACCUCAACUCCGGCUUCCACCCCGAGCAAGGCGGGGCCGUCACCGUCACGGGUCACGUUCAGGUGUCCGCCGCCAGUACCGUCACAGAAACCAGUCUGAUUUCGGUUCUGGCCGACGCCACCGCCGCCUACUACAACAAUUACGGCAUCUCGUGAAUUCAGGGACGACCGCGAUCAAGGACGCUUACGAAAUGUGACCGUCCCGCUUUCUAGCACUGUUCCUCUUUAAGGUCACGGGUAGAUGGAGGUCAACCCGGGCGAGUUCGGCGAGAGAAUCAUUGGCCACCAGUUAAUCACAGCACACAUACUGUAUAGACGACAACCAUCCAUCCAUGGUUCUUAUCAGGAAUUGGGGGUACCUGAGAUGACCUUUGGUGAGGGUAGGGUACACCUAACAUGGUGCGCAUUUCCAACCAUCCAUCCAUCCAUCCAUUUUCUUGACCGCUUGUCCCAGCCGUUUCCAGACUGUUUGGCAAGAGAAGCGGGGUAACAGAUCACAAGGCACCAGCCAUUAUUCAUUUUUACACUUAGGGUAACUGAAGACGUUUGGCAAGAGAAGUGGCCAGUCAAUAACAGCGCACAUUUGGACAAACGGCCAUCGUGCGAGCAGUCCUGAACGGCCGUAACAACACCACAGACCGACCUUGGAAGGAGCGACGCUAAAACGGGGCACCUCAGGGAAGGCUAGCGGGGCCCUUCCACUUGUGUGCAUUUCAGACACAACUUGUAAAUGCAAAACCACAGAUGGACGUUGUUUGUAAUCCUGGCUCUCGCCGAGUCGCUGCUUGUCACCCCGAUGAGAUUUUAGCCCCCGGUGCGCCCCCCCCGCCCCAUCAAAUGCUUAAUAAUAUAAAUAUCUAUAUAAUCACGUCUAGGAUAAAUGUAUGCUGAUUUAGAGUGUAAUUUAAAAGUGAUGGAUUGUCAUUUCCUGUACAAAGCAAACUUGUCAAUAAAAGCCGAUGGUGGUGCAUACUGGAA